AUGGAUAUUAGGUCCAAUUAACUUUUUGAUUAGUGGAAUUAAUAUGCUCUUUUGUUAGUUUUUUAAUGCUUUUUCUUUCUUAUGAUUACUUUUUUGUGCGAUAAAUGGAAGUAUUCACUGACUAAGUAAAACAAUUAGGCUUUAAUUACUAACUAAUAGCCUGCUUAAGAUCCUGGAGUUCUCCAAGAAGUUUUAAGAGUGGAAAAUCAAGAAAAUUAAGACUCUAUAAAAGCCAUUAAAAUACAUAAAGUUUAUCCGAACGGAUUCCAUGCAGUUAAAGGCACUACCUUUGGGGUUUAAAAAGGAUAGAUUUUCGGAUUAUUGGGACCUAAUGGUGCCGGAAAAUCAACUACUUUUAAUAUUAUAACUGCUAAUAUACCUAAAUGUGCAGGUAAAGUAUUUUUUAAAGACAAACAAUUAUAAGGAAAUUAAUAUUUUGAUGAUGUUGGAGUAUGUCCUUAAGGAAAUUGUUUAUGGGAUUUUUUAAGUCCAGUAGAACAUUUGAGACUUUUUGGAAGAAUUAAAGGAUUAGAAAAAGAUAAAUUAGAAUAAAUGGUGAAUUAUUAUAAUCUUUAACUAGAUUUAGAUAAGUUUUAGACUAAAAGUGCAAAUUUAUCGGGAGGAAAUAAAAGAAAAUUAUGUGUAGCUAAUGCCCUUAUUGGAUCGCCUUCAUUGUUAUUUUUAGAUGAACCUUCUACUGGAUUAGAUCCAAUUGCUAAAAGAUAAUUGUGGAAAUGUUUAAAAGAAGUUUUAUUUUAAAAAUAAAGUUCUAUAGUUUUAACUACUCAUUCACUUUAGGAAGCUGAAGAUUUAUGUGAUAAAAUAAGUAUUUAAGUAAACGGAGAAUUCGUAUGUUUAGAUAGUUUAUAGAAUUUAAGAGAUAAAUACGGAAAUGGAUAUAAAAUAUAUAUUAAAUUAAAUUAAAAUAAUUAAUAAGAUAUAAGGAAUAGUAUAAAUUAAUUAUAUAAUAAUGCAAAAAUAAUGAAUGAGAAAGACCCAAAUUAUUUAAAUUGUUUAAUUUUUUAAGUUUCUUCAUAAAAUUUUAGUUUUGCAAAAACUUUUUAAUUACUUUUUAACGAAUUAAAACUUAAUUAAAAAAUAGAAGAUUUUUCAAUUAGCUAGUCUACUUUAGAAGAAAUUUUUGUUUAUUUUUCUUAAUUUUAAUAGAAUAAUAAUAAUAUUAAUUGA